AUGGACCAAAUUCACCAGUCUGCCCACCAGGCACCCACAGACAAGAAGAGAGAAUCAGUACCAGACAUGUUCGACAAUAGUGCAGGCGAGAUCGCCGUUUGCGACAUGGAGAAGCAAAAGGCUGCCGAGGGCAAUGCUCACUUCCACCGUCUUGGAUGGAAGCGAUUGACGGUUGUUCUGAUCGUCGAGGCUAUUGCUCUUGGAUGCUUGUCGCUUCCCUCUGCUUUCGCUACUCUCGGCAUGGUUGCUGGUGUUAUUCUUACUGUCGGUCUCGGCUUUGUUGCCAUCUACACUUCUCACGUCGUCGGUCAAGUCAAGCUUGCUUACCCCGAGGUUUCUCACUAUGCCGAUGCUGGUAAACUCAUGUUUGGCAAGUUCGGAUACGAGCUCGUCGGUGUCAUGUUCUCCCUCCAACUCAUCUUCCUCGUCGGAUCCCACUGCUUGACCGGAACAAUCGCCUUCCUCAACCUCACCGAUAAUGGAACAUGCUCCGUUGUCUUUGGUGUCGUCUCCGCCAUCAUCCUCCUCAUCGUCGCUAUCCCUCCCUCAUUCGCCGAGGUUGCCAUCCUCGGUUACAUCGACUUCGUCUCCAUCAUCGUCGCUGUCCUCAUCACCAUCAUUGCUACCGGCAUUCAGGCCAGCAACUCUGACGGUGGCAUGUCCUCUGUCAACUGGUCAGCCUGGCCCAAGGACAACCUCAGCUUCACCGACGCCUUCAUCGCCAUCACCAACAUUGUCUUUGCCUACUCCUUUGCUGUCUGCCAGUUCAGCUUCAUGGACGAGAUGCACACACCCGGCGACUAUAUCAAGUCUAUCUGGUCUCUUGGUCUGAUUGAGAUUGGUAUCUACACUCUUACCGGUGCUCUCAUCUACGCCUUUGUCGGCCAGGAUGUCAAGUCUCCUGCUCUUCUCUCUGCCGGUGACCUCAUCUCCAAGGUCGCCUUUGGUAUUGCGCUUCCCGUUAUCUUCAUUUCUGGAUCCAUCAACACCACAGUCGUUGGUCGUUAUAUCCACGGACGUGUCUUUAAGGACUCCAUCAUCCGCUACAUCAACACCAAGAUGGGCUGGAUCACUUGGUUGGUUCUCGUCACCAUCAUCACCAUUGUUGCUUUCGUCAUCGCCGAGGCCAUCCCCUUCUUCAACGAUCUUCUGUCCAUCUCCUCCUCCCUGUUCAUCUCGGGUUUUACCUUUUACUUCCCUGCCAUUAUGUGGUUCAUGCUCAUCCGCAAGGGACCCUGGUACUCCAAGGAAAACCUUCCUCUCGCCAUCGCCAACGGCCUUAUCUUUGUGAUCGGCAUGAUUGUCCUCGUUGGUGGAACUUAUGCUUCCAUUGAUGACAUUAUCCUCAAGUUCCACAAGGGCGAAGUCCGUGGUGUCUUUACCUGCGAGCCCAUUGCUUAA